AAGGGGUAUUGAAGUAGUUUUUCAAUCAUAGUAUGUUAUGAAUUUGAGCAAUAGAAAAUGUAUACUUUUGUAUUCUUGUCAAUUAUUUUUCAAUUCAGUCUGUUUGUGUUAUGUAUUGAUCUGGCAUCAUGAACAUAUGAUCAUUAUGUGCAUAAUAUGGCAACCUUUACUACUUCGUAUUUUCAUUCCUUGUUACUUUUUGUAUAAAGAAGAUCUCUUGUUAUAUUAACUGAAUAAAUAGUUUAUAAUACUUUGUACGAAAACUUCAACUUAUUUCUGAGGAAUUUAACAUUGGUGUCAGAAGUGUUGAAACCAUGCCACUGGAGGAGAAUGACAUACGAUUAUUAUCGAAGAUGUUUGCUGAUGCGAUUCAGCAAUCAACGUCGGCGGCUGCGAGCGCGGCUGCGGCUGCGGCGACAUCAAGUAUUUCACAACGAGAUGCAACACCAAGGAAUGCAAUGCCACCAGUGUCGAUUCCGGCUUGUAAGAUGGGCGAUUCCACUUCAAAUCGGACUACAAGAGUUAUAUGCUGGUUCAUAUGGGCGCGGAUCUUUAUAAUUCACUUAAAGUUCUGGAAGCGCAACCAGUAUGCAGAAAGUAUAAGAUAUCGCCAGGUUGUGCAAGAAAAAGAGGAAGCACUGUCUGACUUUGUGCUGAGACUAAGGAAAGCUGCGACGCAUUGUAACUACGCAGAGUUUCUGGACCGUAUGCUUACGGAACAAUUGCUUUACGGGCUCCAAUCAAGAGACAUUUGUGAUGAGAUAAUUUCCAGGGAGCCAAGGACUUUUAAUGAGGCCUACGAGAUAGCGCAAAGGUUAGAGGCUUCACAUAGAUCUUCUGUUGAGAUGAAAUGUAAUGUUAAUAAUUCUAACCCAAUUGAGGAGACUACUUGCAAAGUUGCGUUUAGCACAACGCGUUUUAAAAACAAACCGAAGGAUGAAGUUAGGGGGCAUGAGACCUCCGGUGUUGUUGUUGCAAAAUGCUACGGGUGUGGUGGAAAUCAUCAAAGGAGUAAGUGUAAGUUCCGAAAUGCGUCUUGUUUCGUGUGUAGCAAGACAGGCCAUAUUGCGAAAGUGUGUAAGUCCAGAACUGGCCAAAUUUCGGAAGACGACUGUGAUGAUGGCGAAAUACAACGAUUGAACGCAAUGUUUUCUCAAAAUGGUUCAAGAUCAAACAAGCACAUGAUUGAGCCAAGGAUAAAUGGUGUAAAAAUUCAAAUGGAGUUGGACACUGGCGCACCAUGUGGUAUAAUGAGUAGAAAUACAUUUCGAUCACGGAUUGGGGACCAGAGGUUACUAAAGACUGACCGGCGUUUUACAAGUUACACUGGGCAUAGAAUAGAGUGUGUUGGGCGUGUAGCCGUCAAUGUGUCUGUUGGUCUAUCUACUCGCAAGCUGAACUUGUAUGUCGUCGAUGGUGAUUUCGACGCGCUAUUUGGAAGGGAGUGGAUUUCUCAAUUUGUGAAUGAGAUUGAUUUUGUCAGAUUGUUUUCUUCGGAGCCUGUCAUGAGUAUUAAAACUGCCACACCGCAUUUAUCACCUGAGGAGCUGAGUAGACUACAGAGUACAUUAUCAAAGUUUGACGGAAUAUUUGGAGAUACUGCUGGUAAGUUGGAUUUUCCACCAGUAAAAUUGAAUUUGCGUCCGGACGUUAGACCAGUUUUUGCCAAGGCCAGGGAUGUUCCAUUUGCAUUAAAGAGUAUAUACGCCGCGGAAAUUGAUAAGAAAAUAGCUUCUGGGUUUUACAAGAAGGUCGAUUUCUCAGAGUGGGCAUCGACUACUCAUAUAGUUUCUAAGAAGGAUGGUGGCAUACGUAUAACGGGUAACUACAAACCGACGGUUAACCCUAGAAUUAUAAUAGAUGAACAUCCCAUCCCAAAAACCGAAAAUUUAUUUAACAACUUGCACGGGAUUGAUGAUGAAUUGGCGCAUGCACUUACGUUAAAUACCCCAACACACGGGUUAAUACGACCAACAAGGGCUGUUUAUGGGGCUGCCAAUAUACCAGCUAUUUGGCAAAGGACUAUGGAGACCAUCCUGCAGGGCAUAAACAAUGUGUGCAACUUCUUCGACGACAUCUUGAUAUAUGCCGAUAGUUUUGAUAACUUAUUAGCAACUCUGGAGGCGACAUUAACCCGUUUGAGAGAAAAGGGUUUAAAACUUAACAGAUCCAAGUGUGUGUUCGCGGCUCCAGCGGUUGAAUUUCUUGGGCACAAGAUUGAUGAGUAUGGCGUUCAUAAGUCGGAUAGACAUGUAGCGGCAGUAAGAGAUGCACCAAAACCAAGUAACCAUGACGAACUGCAAUUGUUUCUUGGAAAGGCUAAUUAUUAUGCAUCUUUUAUAGCAGAUUUAUCUACAAAGAGCAGGCCGUUGCGUGAUGUAAUGUCACAAAAGCCUUUUAAGUGGACAGUGAGUGCGGAAAAAGCGUACAUUGAUAUUAAAAAUGCACUAAUAUCUGAUCAAGUCUUAAUGCCCUACGAACCGUCGGCACCACUACUGCUAGCAACAGACGCGAGUGGCAUUAGCUUAGGCGCCGUUUUAUCGCAUAGAUUGCCUGAUGGUCGCGAAAGGCCUAUUGCCUUUGCUAGCAGGACUUUGACAGCGACCGAACGUAAGUAUCCUCAAAUCGAUAAGGAGGCACUAGCCAUUGUUUGGGCGGUAAAUAAGUUCUUUCUUUAUGUGUAUGGCCGCCACUUCACCCUUAUUUCGGACCAUAAACCGUUGACACAGAUAGUGGAUCCGUCGAAGUCUUUGCCAGUUUUAUGCAUAAGCCGUAUGGCCAACUACGCUAAUUUUUUGGCGAAUUUCAAUUUCACUGUCGAGUUCAAGACCACGAAGGCAAAUACGAACGCCGACUACUGUUCUAGAGCAAUGCGAGUGGACGGAGCUUGUAACACAAUUACUGAAUAUGACGACUUCGAUGGAUUUCUAAUUAACCAAAUAGAUCAACUUCCUACUAAUGCUACUAAGGAAACAAGGAAAGAUGAGAAAUUAGGUCCAAUCUUACGAAUUUUAGAGAGUGGUAAAUCUCUCCAAGCACAUGGGUAUAGAUCUCCCGAGAUUAAUUACAGGUUAUCAGGAGGAUGUCUCAUCUUUGAACAUCGAGUGGUGAUUCCAGAAACGCUACGUGUGAAAAUUCUGCAGGAUUUGCAUUCGGCUCACUUAGGGAUCGUAAAAAUGAAAGGCAUUGCAAGGUCAUUCGUUUACUGGCCUGGAAUUGAUAAGGAAAUUGAGAAUGUUGCGAAAAGCUGCAAGGACUGUGCAGAAAAUGCAAACGAUCCACCAAAGUUUAGAGACCACCACUGGCAAUAUCCGAAAUCACCAUGGGAGCGCAUACACGUAGAUUAUGCUGGACCUUUCUUAGGAUCCAUGUUACUAAUAGUAACAGAUGCUUACAGUAAGUGGAUUGAGGUGAAAGUGAGACCUACCAGCAUAUCGAGCGCUACGAUCACCAUUCUAGAUGAAUUAUUCGCCACUUAUGGAGUACCAACAAUGCUUGUUUCAGAUAAUGGUACUUGUUUUCCUUCAAUAGAAUUCAAAGACUACCUCACAAAGAUUGGAGUGAGAUAUCAUAAAUUCACAGCCCCCUACCAUCCGUCCACAAAUGGUCAGGCGGAACGAUCAGUUCAAACAGUCAAGAAUGCCAUGAAGGCCUUGGGGGCAAACAAAAGCAGUUUACAAAAACAUUUGAAUACAUUUCUACGCCAAUAUAGAAUUGCCCCGCAUUCAACAACGGGACAAGCCCCUGCAGUCUUGUUCCUGGGUAGGAAUUUAAGAACUCAGUUGGAUUUAAUAUUGCCACAAGACUUAACAACCAAGAUGAUUGAGAAGCAAUAUAUGCAGUUUAACGCAACGUUCCGUUCUUUUGAUAACUUCCAAAAUGUUUAUUUUCUCUCCAACAAUAAUCGGAUGCCAAAGUGGCUACCUGGAGUAAUAUGUCGGCGAAUAGGUGACUUGUACUAUGAAAUUUUAUAUGAGGGCAAAUGUGUAAAAAGGCACAUCGAUCAAAUUCGAUCCAGAACUGAGCCUAAUAGUGCGGCGAAUACCUCGAUAGAAUACCAACAGUCACAGGAUGCGUCGACUAGGUGGAAACGAAUUCAUAUAAACAGCAGACUAUCAACUACACACGAUUCCCAAACAUCUCAACAACAAGAUACAAAUUCGUCGUUGCAAGACGAUUUUCCGAAUACCAACACCUCGUAUACGACAAAUUUUUCUACUCCAUUGUCGGACUUUCAUGGUUUUCCCAACUCGGAAGAGAAUAAUGGUAAUGGAGAUUUAAUUCCUCGAGAUCAGGAUGUAAUUCUAGAAGAUGGAAGUAUGCAAGAAGACCCAGGAUACCAAGGAAGAGGAUCAUAUUUUCACCAUAACAGAUCCUAUGCGAGGGAAGAAUUGUUAUGUAUUGAUCUGGCAUCAUGA